UCUAGUCAUUAGUUCAAUUUAGUCUAGUAGACUUUGUGUUACAAGGGUUUAUAAAUAUUUAUAUAUGAUACCAUCCUAUUUCAGAAAACAAAAUAUUUAAAUUAAGAGGGAAGAGAUGCCGCAGAUUUCGUACAGUGCAAAAUAUCCCACCGAUUCAAAAUUCUCUGGCGUGAGUGAUGAGCUUGGUAUGCAGGGUUAUGGCCUCUAUGUGUACCCGGAUGGCACCCGCUACUUGGGUUACUUUCACAACAAUCGUUUCCAUGGCCUGGGCCUCAUUACAUUAGGGAAACCGUACAAUAUGAGCUAUCAGGUGGAGCAUAUUCACGGCAAGUUAACCAAAAUCAUCGACAUGGUUUUCAGCGAUGAUUUGAUGGUUGACUUUAAGAUGGAUGAGAAUAAUACGACAAUGGCGUUCGAUAAUUGGUCGUAUUGCACGAAAAAGGAUCGUCGCUUUUGUGGUGAGAUUCUCACACCGUUGGCACCGGUGGGGCCCCAAAAAUAUAAAACAAAAGAUGGUCCAAAUGCUCCACAUUUGGAUAGAAAUAUCUUCGACCUGGGUUUUGGCCAAUUGAAUCAACACGGCUUCCUAAUGGAUGUUCCCAAUUACAUGAGCGAUAUGUCUAGCUUUUAUGUGGGUUGUAGGGAAAUUCGUGGUUGGAUUCGAGAGCACUGCCACCAUGGGCCAUUGUUCAAUUUGCAUCUGAAGCAGCAGAUACGGGCAAAAUAUGCCAGACAGAUAAUACGCAACAACAUGGACAAUCAGGAUGAUUUGAACUGUGCGACACAACAUCAGGAAUCAGCACGAUGGCACAAAUCGUCCAUUUGUCGCGAUCGAGCAAGCGAACCGAGUUCCGAAUCGGGAAAAGCGUUAAGGGCCCACAUGGCAAGCACUUCGCAUACUUUCACCUCCGAAAUGGAUAAGGAGAUACAGCGGGAGUCGCGUGGCAAGUGCAAGGAUCUAAAGACAAAGCCUCCACAAUCACUUCAUAACCAUCCAGUGAUGCAAUUUACCAGCGAGAGUGGUGUCUGUCGCAUUAACUGAGCCCAUUUUGUGUUAGUUACACACAAACACACACACACACACACACACACACACACACACACACAUAUAUGUAUAUAUCUAUAGUUCAUACUUUUACCCAUUGUAAAUUAAAAUAUGCCAUAUAUUUUUUGACCUA